AUGGUGAAAGAAAGCAAAUUCUACGACAUCCUCGGCGUCUCGCCUGAUGCCUCGGAAUCACAGCUCAAGACCGCAUACCGAAAGGGCGCGCUGAAGCACCACCCGGACAAGAACGCACAUGAUCCAGCUGCGGCAGAGAAGUUCAAGGAGAUCUCACAUGCAUACGAGACACUAUCAGACCCACAGAAGCGCCAGCUGUACGACCAAUAUGGCGAGGAGGGUCUUGAGCAGGGCGGCGCCGGUGGUGCCGGCAUGAACGCAGAGGAUCUCUUCGCACAGUUCUUCGGCGGAGGCGGUGGUGGCUUUGGUGGCAUGUUCGGUGGUGGAAUGGGAGGACGUGACCCAGGCCCGAAGAAGGCACGGACGAUCCACCACGUCCACAAGGUCUCCCUCGAGGACAUCUACCGAGGCAAGGUCUCCAAGCUUGCACUGCAAAAGUCCGUCAUCUGCUCAAAGUGUGAGGGUCGCGGUGGUAAGGAAGGCGCUGUCAAGACUUGCGCAGGAUGCAACGGACAGGGUAUGAAGACCAUGAUGCGCCAGAUGGGUCCCAUGAUCCAACGCUUCCAAACUGUCUGCCCAGACUGCAACGGAGAGGGCGAGUCGAUCCGCGAGAAGGACAAGUGCAAGCAGUGCAAUGGCAAGAAGACUGUCAUCGAGCGAAAGGUUCUCCACGUGCACGUUGACCGUGGUGUACAAACUGGCACCAAGAUCGACUUCCGUGGUGAGGGUGACCAGAUGCCUGGUGUGCAGCCCGGCGACGUGCAGUUCGAGAUCGAGCAGAAGCCACACCCACGUUUCCAGCGAAAGGGUGACGAUCUCUUCUACCACGCCGAGAUCGAUCUUCUGACAGCACUGGCCGGUGGUGCCAUCUUCAUUGAGCACCUCGACGAGCGAUGGUUGACAGUUGAGAUUAUCCCCGGCGAGGUCAUCUCACCAGGCCAGAUCAAGGUCAUUCGCGGCCAGGGUAUGCCUUCGUACAGGCACCACGACUUCGGCAACCUGUACGUUCAGUUCGAAGUGAAGUUCCCAGAACGACUCAGCGGGCCACCAGACGCGGAAGGAUACCCAACACCACUCCAGCCACAGCAGAUCAAGGCUCUCGAGUCCGUCCUCCCACCACGUACGCCACAGAACGUACCACCGCCAGACGCCAUGACCGAAGACUACUCCCUCGAAAAGGUCGACCCCAUGCGAGAAGGCGAGCGUGCGAACCGCGCAACGGACGACGACGACGACGAGAUGCAUGCAGGAGGUGAGAGAGUACAGUGCGCGUCCCAGUAA